CUGUUGACAGACCUCACUGACUCUCAUUAGGAGCUAGCCAGCCAGCUAGCUAGAUAGCUGCAUCGCACACAUUGGCCACGUCCAAACCAAGCUAACUACUCGAUCCUCCGAUAUCCACCAUGGAUCUGAAUACUAUCUUGUCACAGCUUGAAACUGCCGACGAAGAGGAAAUCGAGAAGUUUCUGCGGCAGUAUAUUCGAGAGAACAGUCACACCUUCAGUUUUGACCAAAAGGAAGAAUCCCUGCGCAGUAAGCUGUGCCAGAGUGUGUUGUCAGUUCUUGGGAGGCGGGUGAAGCCUAGCUGUCAGAAGACAUGUCUGGAGACACUCCGCAUCCUGUCCAGAGACAAGCGUGUCCUCGCACCUGUAGCCACCAGGGAGGGCAUGCUGAUCCUGGGAGGAAUGGCGAGGCUGAACGCUGGAGAGGAAGGUGAUGACAACCAGAACAUCUCUCAGGAAGACACCCAGUCAGAGGAGGAGGAGAGGGUGGUGGUGGUGGAGGCCUUGAAGUGCCUAUGCAAUGUGGUGUACAAUAGUCCUGCUGCUCAGCAGGUUAGUGUAGACGUGCAGCUGGUUCAUGGCCUUUGUGCCACCCUGCGUACAGCCCGUACAUGGCACCAUGAGGUGGGCCUCUUCACGCUGCGCCUUCUCUUCCUGGUGUCUGCACUGAGACCCGAUGUGAGAGGGGUUUUGAGGAGAGAGUGGCAUGCUGUGAGACUACUGAUGGAGGUCCUGGAGCACACCCUGGAUGUGAGCUGGGUUGGUCCCUAUGAAGCUGCCCGUCCAGAUCCACAGGCUCUGCCCAUGCCGGCAGAGGACAACGAGAGAGCAAUGGAGGCGCUCAAAGCCUUGUUCAACCUCACACUGUCUGACACUGGUGGGGAGGAGGAUGACCACCAUUUCCGACUCAUCGCUGCCAUCUUGCGUCACUCGUUGAUGCUGAAGACUGAGACGGAGGAGAAAACGGAGGAAGCGCACAGCCAUGCCAUCAACCUGCUGAAUAACCUGCCUGUGUCCUGCCUGGACAUGUUAAUCGACGUGCCUGUCCAGGGCGGACUAGAGAUAUAUGGUGGGAAAAAUAUGGAUGCAGUCCAGAUGUUAAUAGACUUCAUGGAGAAAAGGAUGGACAAGCAGGGCUCCAACUACAAAGAAGGUUUGACUCCGGUGCUCAGCCUUUUGACUGAAGGAUCCAGACACCACAGGGAGAUCCGCAGAUACAUCAAAGCUCAGGUACUUCCCCCACUGAAAGAUGUAAAGAUCAGGCCAGAGAUCGGCACCACCACCAGAAACAAGCUGGUUCGCCUCAUGACACAUGUUGACAUGGGUGUGAAGCAGACGGCUGCAGAGUUUCUCUUUGUCCUCUGCAAAGAAAGCGUGGACAACCUGUUGAAGUACACAGGGUACGGAAACGCAGCAGGACUCCUGGUGGCUCGAGGACUUCUCGCAGGAGGGAGAGGAGAGACUCAGUACUCCCAAGACGAAGACUCCGACACAGAGGAAUACAAAUCUGCUAAACCGUUCAUCAACCCGAUCACCGGUCAUGUGGAGGAGCCGAUGCCGAACCCCAUCGAAGAGAUGACCGAAGAGCAGAAGGAGUACGAAGCCCAGAAACUUGUCAAUAUGUUCGACAAGUUGUCGAGGCAGAACGUGAUCCGGCCAAUGGGGGUCAGGCCUGACGGGACGUUAGCGCCUCUUGAAGAAACUCUCUGUGAUCCACCUGAGGACUCAGGAUCAGACUCUGACUAGUGCAGUUCACAUGGAGGCCACAUUUUCCAGGCAAAGCCCACUUGGCCCCAAAACAUCUGGAGCUGUGUCCUAUUUCAAGGUCUGGACCUUUUUGAAGAAGGUCCACAUGACGGUGGGUCAGCCAGAGGCCAUAACCUCUGGCUGAACCAGUCUACCGUUACUGAGCAAGAGUAGCAGAAGUCAGUCAAAAGAUCCACACGCUGUACCGAUACCUCCCAAUAAAUUAUACUCUAUUAACUUAAACAUGCAGAUAUCCGUACAAUGUGUGGAUCUAUAGUCGGCACUAAUCGAGGGGUGACCCCCGAAUAGUCGACGAUUCAAUCUAAGGAGCUUGGAGCCGUCGUAGUGACAGAAAAAUGUGGUAAAGAAUCAGAGGGUCAUUUAUAAAUAGCACUAUUAACUACCAACGCUUCUCUAAAAUCAGCUGUUUGCGUGCGUGCGUUUCUCUCCCGUUGACUGUCCCUUCACUUCCCUGUCUUUUCACUUCUGUCUGUUGAUUGUCACAAUGGAGAAAAAUAAAUUUAAAACCGAAAAAAUUCUGUUUUCAACCACAAAAGGCAAGCAGGAUAAGAAUCCCUGUCUCCCCGUCUAUCGAUCUCCGCUCCUCGUCAGCUCUACAUACAGCUCCACAGCCACACUAUAUUCCUAUAGAUGCAUAAAGUUCAAACAGAGUGGGAUCAAUGAGCAACAAAAGAAAGACGUGAUUCUACAAUCAGCCGACUAAAGAUUUAAUUUGACAAUAUAAAUUCUGAGUCGGGGACAACCUUAGACUACUGUUACAGAAAACCCAAGUAAUGCUGGAAGUCAGGAGGAAUACCGGCAACUGUGACGAGGUUUGUGAUUGCUGAGUUGACAUUUAAACGUUAACGUUGGAGCAGGAAGACGUCCUCCAAAGUGGACUUGAUGCACAGGAGGCCUCCGUGGCUACUGUUGCACCUUCCGCUCCCUUAAGUUGGAAAUAAAAAUAGAGGUAAUAAUAUAAUUCUCUGCUGGAUCGUAUGCAUCUCACUGAAAGCACUGUUGUGAUGGGUUAAGUGUCACGAGGUCUGAAAGUCAUUCCUUCACUUAUUACGCUUUAGUUUUUCUUUUCUUUUUUACGUUUCACUUAUUUUUCCUGCUACAUGAUGAUUUUGUCCACACUGUAUUUCUAGAUGAUUGAAGUGCACACACACACACACACACAUUUAAACAUGAAAACAUUGAAAACUGUUCACAGCGAACGUAGUAACUGUUUUUAGAUCACGGGGCCUGUGUCCUGUGUGGACCAAAGGAUUGAUGUUCCAUAUAUAUUUAGAGAUCAGAGUCCCUGUGGACAGAUUUAACUUGCAGCUCACGGUAUCGUUUCCAUUCACAUAUUUCUACGAGCGUUUUGAAUUAUCACGUGAGAGAAGCUGACGAAGGUUUUACACUUACAUGAGGUUGUUUCUACCUUUUGUUGGAAAAGAGUUAAUGUGAUAAACGGUUCAUAGAAACACUAUUGCUGAAUCAUUUUUGACUUUUAGUUCACACGACUGAUUAGCUGUUUCCACUUCUCUGAUAUUCCCGUAACGUGUUAAUGCUGAUCUUUAUAUAUGGACAUCAUAAAACAUGGCAAUAGUAGCUGACAUGAAAGAACAUUUAAAACGUGCCCAACUGAAACAGAUUCCUGUUUAUCGGUCUACAUUUUUCAUCGUAGGGUUAGAUAGCGAAGGAGACUUGUUUACUGGCACAUUACAGCCUCGGGGAGCCUAUGGAGCCGACUUCUGACCAAACGACGCUGUAGCCGAGUUUAUUUGCUCCAAACUAGUCAAUGGAAACGCUUGAUUUGCUGUCCUCUCUUCUUUGAGAUCUGUUUGAAAGUUGAAUGGAAACGGGGCCGGUUGUUUGUUUGCGUGAUUAUCAGUUAGUCGGAAACCUUCUGAAUUCAGGGCUUGUUGGUUUACUGUUGUGUCACUGGGAGGUGGUUUUUCACUUAUGUCCAUAAAUAGAGAGAUUCAGCAUUUGUGGCGUAUGAUCGUAAACAGAUGUUUCUUUGUGUUGGUACAAUUUAGUUUAAUGUGAAAGCUGCCAGUUUCUGAAAAAAAGCUGCAUGUUUGUUACAACUUCACAACAGUUUGUUGUAUUAUAACAAACUGCUGAUUACAAUCCAGAGAAAAUAAAUAUUGCUUUUACCAGAGAAGAUGUCAUUACUACAAGAAUCUGUGACGCUUCAUACGUUUAACAGUGAACUAUCAUGAGCACACUUUCUGCCUCCUCAGACUCUACACAAUUAAGUAGAAUAACGGGAAUAAUUCAAACACCAGCACAAAAGACUUCUUGACGCACCUUCUUGAAUUUUAUGAUUUCAUGCAACUAAUCAAAUGUUUUUAUGCCUUUAGCGACAGCCGAGGCGGGAGACAUAAAAACACAAAUGAUGAACCGAUUAGACUUCAGGGGUCAAAGCUAAAACAAAGUCCUAUUCUUGUGAACGCAACAUCUCCGCUCACAGUGACCUCAGAAAAAAUGAAUGUAUAACAGGAUCAAAUGAAGCAAUGACAUUCUGGACAGACAUGGAGGCAAUCUGCAACUUGACUGGUUGGUGAAGGGAUCAGCUGUGAGGUGGUAAAUCUAGUCUGACAUUUUAUACUAAUUAUGCCUUUUGUGACAUCUUUAUGGUAUACUGUGUUUGACAUAUAGUAUGAUCCUUUAACAUUUGUAUGGCAUGCUGUACUACAAUGUUUACACAAAGAUGCAACACUGACUUUUAGGACAUUUUUUAAUGGCAUACUUUAUUACAAUUUUUGUUAAUGACUUAUGAAGCUAUACUAUGUUUUUUUUAAUAAUGACUUAUAUGGCAUAUUAUGCUA